CACAGUAAAAAACAAGAAUAUUUAAACACGCUGCUCACAUUUCGGCUUUUUAUAUAUAGGGAUCCUUUAUCAAAUAGUACGGGCCAGCACUAUUUGUAUUUUUUAAUGUUGGUUUAAUGUUUUGCAGAAGUGCAGCAGUAAAAUAUUUAAGUGGCGGUUUCACAACAAGAAGGUUGCAAUAUCUUGCAUCACGUACGAUGGCGAAAGUUAUGCUGGAUGGGGUGAUUGCAAAACUUAAUGAAUUUGCACCUGAAAGUCUUUGCGAAAAGUGGGAUAAUGUUGGAUUGUUGGUGGAACCGUAUACAAGAAGAUACAUUUCUAGUAUUCUUCUCACCAAUGAUCUGACGGAGUUGGUUAUGGGCGAGGCAGUUAGUUUGAAUGCGGAUUUAAUCAUUUCUUAUCAUCCACCCAUAUUUACUCCCCUGAAAAGAAUUACGCAAAAGUCGUGGAAAGAGAGAAUCCUUUCAUUGUGCCUACAAGAGGGAAUAGCCAUCUACUCGCCGCAUACUUGCUGGGAUAAUGUGACCAAUGGAGUGAAUGACUGGCUCGCCGCUGCCUUGCCUCUGGCAAGUUCUCAGCCUAUUCAAGAAAACCUAUCAAACCCUUCUUACGGCUCGGGACGAAUAUGUGUGGUGCAAGGGCAAUUGACUUUAUAUGAUGCCAUUGAACGAAUUAAAAAGUAUACCAAGAUAGACACCAUACAGGUUGCACGUGCCCACAAAACUAUGCAUUCUCAGAGCGAUACGCAAAUAAGAACAUUUGCGGUGUGCGCUGGAUCAGGGGCCAGUGUACUCAAAGGAGUAAAAGCAGAUUUAUACAUAACUGGCGAAAUGUCCCACCACGAGGUGCUCGAUUUUACUCAUCAAAACAUCCAUGUUGUGCUGCUAGGUCAUAGUAAUUCGGAGCGUGGCUACUUGCCGAUUUUUCAAAAAAUAUUAACUAGUCUACUGAAGGAUUAUAAGGACGUAAAUGUUCAGGUUUCCAAAUUCGAUGUGGAUCUUCUUGUGAGCAUGUAAAUUUAAACUUAAGCUUCUGGUAACAUUUAUAAUCAUUGGCUAAAUAGAAUGAGCGAAGGAAA